GCUGAUGGUAUCUUGCCGUCAAACCAUGUGUCUCAGAUGCCAAUCCUCAACCCUUGAUUCCCAAAGGCGAAGCUUCCAUAAGCUAGCGACCUAAUCACCUUAGUCAAGGAACCAAGGCCCGUCCGCCUCCGUCGAGUGCGAGAAAGAGAGCACUGAGCGGCGCGGAGAGGUAAUCGUCGAAAAUGACGAGGAUCUUGAAGAUGACGUCGUCAUCAUCCAAUCCACCACCAGCCUCGCAUCAAACAGCAACUAACACUGCAACUCCGGCCCCAUCGUCCCUCCCCUCCCGUUCGGUCCCUCCCCGUCCCGCAUCUCCGGCAGGCAGCUUCUACGCCAUGAGCGACGACGAAGAAGGCGACUAUGACACCAUCACUCAUACCGAGACCGGCCGCGGCGUCAAGCUGCUCUUCUCCAAGUCCAAAGUCUACAUCCACCCGACCCCGUCGGCAAGGGACAACAUACCGGGCUACAUAGCCCUGCUGCAGCAGAAGCAUCCUGUUCCUGCCGACCGGCCUUCCUCUUCGCAGUCCAAGGACCGUCCCUCCCCGGCCGCGUCAGACCUGCUGCUCGCCUGGAUCCCGGAGUCGCAGCUCGGAGACGCGGCGUCCAUCUACGUGAAAGUGGACCUGUGCGACGGCGACUCACCGCCCAAACAGUCGUACCUGGUGCCGCCGCCGCCGACCGUGACGGCGCACCGGGCCUCGGUCGGGCAGUAUGCCUUCGCCAUCCCCGUCAGUUUCGUUUAUAGCCUCCUGGUACGCCCGCCCAGCGUCGGCUGGUGGUACGGCAGCGUCAUCAUCAACUCGCGCGCGGGGGACAGCUUCCCCGCCCUCUUCUUCCACGACAAUGAGUGCCAGAGCACCAUCCUCCAAAAGAAGCGCCGCGCCCGCGAGAGGUUCGACCCCUUUGGCGAGGCCGGCGAGAUGUUUUGGGGCGGGGACGAGGUGUUGCGCUGGUUGAGGAGGUAUGUGGUUGUCGAGCGGAGCUUGGCCGAGCCGAAUGUCUACUUGAUCGAGCCCACCGAGGAGGAUAGUAUGGCGUUUGGGGGAAAAGUCACGGGAGGCGGGAGUACGGCCGCGAGGGGCCGGCCUGGGAGCGGUGGGGGUUGGGGAGUGGCGGGUCCUUCCACGGGCGUCGGAUCGAAUGAGGAUGGUGGGAUGGACCCGUUCAUGAAGUUCGUCAAGGAGACCGGGUGGAAUAUCAUGGAGAAGUUCAGUAAGGUGACAACAUUCACCAGACAAGCUGCGCAGGACGUGCUGGAUAAUCCAAGGAUGCCCCCGCAGGUCAGGAGGCUGCUGAGAAAUCCAGAGGUACAAACGCUACAAGAAGAAUUCGAUAGCGCCAGAAUAUACCUAGCCAGGUGGGCCAUGGGCAUUGCGGAGCAGAGCGAGCGCGACCGGAAUCAGAGGAUAUGGACGGCGCGUGAGGUGUUGGAGCUCGAGGACACUGAUGUGGGCGAGUUUGAGCUGCUCGACAGCACGAGCGGUUUGACGCUGGAACAGAUGAGGAAGCCAGUCACCCUCAAAGAGUGGAAGAGCUUUUUUGAUCCCCGGACGGGACGACUGUCUGUUACCGUUGACGAGGUCAAGGAGCGCGUCUUCCACGGCGGCCUCGAUCCCGAAGACGGGGUGCGGAAGGAGGCAUGGCUGUUCCUCCUUGGGGUCUACGAAUGGUACAGCACGAGCGACGAGCGAAAAGCUCAGGCGGCGUCACUGAGGGAUGCUUACAUCAAGCUCAAGGGGGCUUGGUGGGAGCGCCAAAUCGACAAGGGCGGUGAUGGUGAAGAAGGCGAGUGGUGGCGGGAGCAAAGGGGGAGGAUAGAGAAGGACGUCCACCGUACGGACAGAAAUGUUCCGAUCUUCGCUGGCGAAGACAUCCCCCAUCCCGACCCGGACUCACCCUUCGCCAGUGUGGGCACCAACGUGCAUAUGGAGCAGCUGAAGGACAUGCUGCUUACCUAUAACGAGUUCAACCGGGACUUGGGCUACGUGCAGGGAAUGUCCGACCUCCUAGCGCCCAUCUACGCGGUCCUCCAAGACGAUGCCAUAGCUUUUUGGGCUUUCAAGAACUUCAUGGACCGGAUGGAGCGCAACUUUCUUCGCGACCAGUCUGGCAUGCGCACGCAGCUGCGCACCCUCGACCACCUCGUGCAGUUCAUGGACCCCAAGCUGUACGCCCACCUCGAGUCGGCCGACAGCACAAACUUCUUCUUCUUCUUCCGCAUGUUGCUGGUGUGGUACAAGCGCGAGUUCGGCUGGAUGGACGUGCUUCAUCUCUGGGAGGUGCUUUGGACCGAUUAUCUGAGCAGCAGCUUUCACUUGUUUGUGGCGCUCGCCAUCCUCGAGAAGCAUAGGGAUGUGAUCAUGACGCAUCUGAAACACUUCGACGAGGUGCUGAAAUACGUGAAUGAACUGUCAGGCACGAUCGACCUGGACUCGACGCUCAUUCGCGCCGAGGCCCUUUUCAAGCGCUUCCAGCGCCUUGUGGACGCUGUCGAUAAGAGGGGCCAUUUCCCUACUCCCAGGCCGCGUCUGAGCCCGAGCCCAGGGUCAAAUUCUUCUACGGCUACAGUCCCGACUUCACCGCGAGGAGAAAGUGGGAAUGCGGGCAAAGCUCCUGCACAGCCGCAGCAGUCUCCGGAGCAGCAACAGCAACAGCGCGAGAGGGUGAUUACACCUGAGCUUAGACGGUUGCUUACCCGGCAAGUGGAGGUAUUGCCGAGGAAGGAGGUUGCUAAGAAAGGGGACGGUUUGGCAGGUACCCGGGGGAAAUGAUUACCUUUAACCUGACUUCAUCCAUGUACAGUUCGGUGUAGUUGUGUCUUGCUUUUUGGUAUGCAGAGUGAGGUCACCAAGGGCAUGGAGGCCUGGAAGCAGAUAUAACCUGAAAUCGGAAUUGUGAGCAUACUGUGGAAUUGUCAUGGCAUUAGCAAUGUACUAUUCAAAACUUGACUGCCGUUUAGUUACGC